CCCAUCGAAGGCGAGGAUAGGAGAAGGAAGCGGAAAUGGCUUCCUUGGAUCUCUCCUCCUUUUCUUACCACAAGUUUGUGGAGUUCGCGUUCCAGGAGGCCAAGCUUCGCGCCGACCUUAUUCCGUUUCCCUCCCACGUCUGUUUGCCCCUUUUCUUUCCUCAAUCAUUUUCCUGGAUUUUUAGAGCUUAUUAUUCACUGAGUAUCUAAUUAGUAGGCCGGCGGGUUGUAAUCUUUAGUAUUCUAUGCAAGGAACUGUUUUGCGCCUGAACACUUGACAUCCGGUGGUUUCCUCACUAAAAUGGAGCAUAUCUAGUGCUUUACUAAUUCUGGGAGCUGUGUAUUAAGGAAACAUUAUGUUUAACAACUCGUAGUAGUGCUCCUACUUGGCGACUGAACAUGUUUCUAAGUCCUUGACUUCUAGCUGAAGCUUCUGAGUUCUGCCUAUCCGUAGGGUGCGUGUGAGCUGGUGCCGACUUGCUCCUUUGGUUAUCUACAGGGAAUAUUGCUCAGGGAUUAAAAUAUUGGAUAAGGACUUGGUGUUAAGUUCUUCUACAAUGUGGCGCCUUCUGGAUUGGUUUCCUACCUAUCUGACUUCAUUUGAUAUGGAUUCUGAAUUAUCAGAAAGUUACCAUACAAAUUCAGGAGAAAUUUAAAUCAUUAAGGUCAAAAGACAACAAUAUUAUGCUCCAUACACUUUCUUUUCAUGCCCCUCCUAAAAUUAGACUUAUCAGAAGUUUGACAGUUGAAGGGAAUUCCGGUAUGCAGGUCCUUGAUUUUGCUGUGUUUCCUGAACCAGAAUUUGAUCUUCCUAUAUUUUGUGCCAAUUUUUUUGCUACUGCUAACUUGAGCAUUGUCGUUUUGGAUCUUAACCCACUUUAUGAUGUCACCAUUGAUACAGCUUACAAACAUAAAUACUAUAGAGAGUUACUACCACUUGGCCAGAAAUACUUUGAGCUUCUUCCAUGGGGAGGUAAUAUUACGAGUGAAUCUUUGAGAUUCUUCUCACCAAUUGUGAUAUGGUCAAGAUUCAGUUCCAGCCAAUUCAAGUAUGGUGUUCUGUAUUCUGCAUUCAUGGAAUAUUUUAAGGCAUGGCUUGUGUUGAUGGAACAAGCAGUAAAAGAAACAUCUGCCUUUCAGAUUUGUCGGAAUUGUGAUGCACAGCACAAAUAUCUUACAUGGAGAGCAGAAAAGGACCCAGGACAUCCGAUAUUGAAGAAAUUGGUAGGCGAAAAUCUUGCAAAGGAAUUGCUGCGAGACUUUCUAUUUCACGGAGUUGGUUCACUAGGUACAAAAACAUUCUUGGACUACUUUCCAGAAUACAAUUGUGCAGAUGGCACAGUGAAUCGAAAGCGCAGCGUGAUGGGGAAGUCUUAUGAGACCCGUCCAUGGGAUACGAACGGAGAAUUCAUUGGAAAUGGACCUGGAUAAUUUAAUUGUUAUCGUAUUGAGGUCGUUCUUGUAAGUGUGAUGUUGAUGAUGAUACUUGCUGCUCAAAUUUGGCAAUGUCGGUGCUAUGUUACCUUGCCUCGUAUCUUAGUCAUUGGCGGUCAGUUAUAAAUUGAUAUUGUGAUUUAUUUUCCUUUAUAUAAUCUAAAGACGGACGGUAAGGAGCAC